AUGUCCACGAGCAUCUGUGUGAGCGAUGGCAGCGUAAGCCAGCCACAGCCAGGCUUGGAAAAGAAGUCACGUUGGAGAAAGGACAGGAGAGAGGCGGAUGAAGCAAGCCAGGCGCAGGCCACAAAGCCGGCGCCAGGAGUCCCGCCAUCCCUCACAAUGCCAGCUGCGGCCUCUAACCAGGCAGCAGCACAAGCGUUCCGGGGGCUCCACGGCCGGAAGUCGAACUUCAAGCUGGUGGAAAGUGCCGUAGACAGGGUCUAUUCUUCAGUGCUGGAUGGCAAUGCGCACUACUACAAGGCACUCGUGGCUGAUCCGGUUGACUUCUCUACCUACCAGGCCCUUCUCUCCGAGCUGGAGUACAAGCCUGCAUGGAUGAGUGGUGGCCUCGCCUUGCACAGGCCCACAGCUCUGGGAUCUGAGUCGCAGUUGCGUCAGUCACCUACUUACGAGCGCAUUGUGCGUUUCUUGGCCGGCUACUUCGGGGUGGAGCCGAUCCGGUCUCUGGUGAACCACUACAGAUCUGGGGAGGAUUUCACUUCUUUCCACUCAGACCAGUACUUCUCCGGGGUGAACAUGACCAUCGGGGCUUCAUUUGGUGAGGAGCGUGCACUUGUUUUCGAGCAUCGCGAGACCAAAGAGCAGUUCAGCUUUCCGCAGCACAACGGCGAUGUCUUUGCCUUCACAGACUCCGUGAACCGCCAGUUUGUCCACGGGGUGCCGCGACAGCGCCGCGCCCGCUCCACGGGGGCCUCUGGCCACACUCCUGGCCGCAUCUCUGUCAUCGUGUGGGGCCGCAAGGAUCAGGAGCUUUGGAAGACCAGGGCCCAGACCUUGCCACUUACUUUGCAACCCCUCAACGUGCUGGAGCACGAUCCGAGCAAGGAGGCGAGCUUGGACGAUGCCAACAGGCUGGAAUCUGCAUGGAAGGACAAGUCGCCCUACCACGAUGGGCUUGCGAGGAUUGCAAGCCCAAGAGGAAGAGCGUCGGAACAGACGCUUGGUGACAGAGCCACUGACACGAGACCUGCGAGGUGGAAGACGCUGGCUAAGAGCCAAAUGCACGGCUACUGA